GGCCGCCCGCCGGCGACAGCCGCCGCCUGGGGAAGGGGGGAAGGGAGCGGGGAGGCCGGGGUGGGGAGCGAGCGCCUCCCCGGGCACCGUCAGCCCCGUCAGGGGCGGGCGGGCGGGUUUGAGGCGGUGUGAGCAUCCCCGGCAGGGCUGGGGCGGAGCCGCCGGCGGUGGGUUCGUCUCAGGUAACGUAUGAAAAAGCCGCGAUCGAGCUCUGGAACUCUCCGCCACUUUAAUGGGAGUUUAGAUCUGUCUGUGACCGAUACCACGAGUUGUGAAGGUGAUUCCAAAACCACCGUGAGGCAAAGACAGUUUCCUUUAUUCUGAAAAACAGAAACUUUUUGAAGGUCCUGAAGUGACUCUCUGAAGACUUCGUUUUUGAAAAUUUAAACAGCAAAGACAAUUCUGUUUUAAUAAAUGAAGGAGAAUAAAGAAAAUUCCAGCCCUUCUCUAAACUUGGCAAACCUGGACCAUACAAAGCCAUGCUGGUACUGGGAUAAGAAAGAUUUGGCACACACACCAUCACAGCUUGAAGGGCUUGAUCCAGCUACAGAGGCACGAUACCGCAGGGAAGGAGCCAGAUUCAUAUUCGAUGUGGGAACACGUUUAGGGCUACAUUAUGACACUCUAGCAACUGGAAUAAUUUAUUUCCAUCGGUUUUAUAUGUUUCAUUCCUUCAAACAGUUCCCAAGAUAUGUGACAGGAGCCUGCUGCCUCUUCCUAGCAGGAAAGGUUGAAGAAACACCCAAGAAAUGUAAAGACAUAAUUAAAACAGCUCGUAGCUUGCUAAAUGAUGUACAGUUUGGACAGUUUGGAGAUGACCCAAAGGAAGAAGUGAUGGUACUUGAAAGAAUCUUACUACAAACAAUAAAGUUUGAUUUGCAAGUGGAACAUCCAUACCAAUUUCUUCUCAAGUAUGCCAAACAACUCAAAGGAGACAAAAAUAAAAUUCAAAAACUGGUUCAAAUGGCAUGGACAUUUGUCAAUGACAGCCUCUGCACUACACUGUCCCUGCAGUGGGAGCCUGAGAUCAUAGCUGUUGCAGUUAUGUACUUAGCAGGCCGUUUGUGUAAGUUUGAAAUACAGGAAUGGACAUCAAAACCAAUGUACAGACGAUGGUGGGAGCAGUUUGUCCAAGAUGUUCCCGUUGAUGUUUUGGAAGAUAUCUGUCAUCAGAUCCUGGAUCUAUACUCACAGGGAAAACAGCAAAUGCCUCAUCAUACUCCUCAUCAGUUGCAGCAGCCACCAUCUCUUCAGUCUACACCCCAGGCACCUACAGUACAGCAGUCACAGCAAUCCCAAAGUUCAGAGCAGUCCCAGACACAGCAGCAAAAAGAGUCUCAGCAGUCAGCACAGCAGCAGCAGCAGCAGCAAACACAAGCACAGCAAUCUAAAAAGCCCUCUCCCCAGUCAAGUCCUCCUAGACAGAUUAAAAGACCAGCAGCUGUAUCUCCAAAAGAAGAAACAAAGGCAGCAGAACCACCGCCACCAUCUAAAAUUCCUAAAAUUGAAACUUCACAUCCACCAAUACCUCCUGCACAUCCGCCUCCAGAGCGCAAGCCUCCUUUGACAACAGCAGUUUCAAUGGGAGAACCAGAGCAAUCUACUACAGUGGACUCAGUAGAUAUGCCAAAGGUCCAGAUUCCUCCUCCUGCUCAUCCUGCCCCGGUACAUCAACCUCCCCCUCUGCCACAUCGUCCCCCACCCCCACCCCCCACCAGUUAUAUUACAGGGAUGUCUACUACAAAUUCUUACAUGUCAGGGGAGGGUUAUCAGAGUCUCCAGUCGAUGAUGAAAACAGAAGGACCAACAUACGGAGCUUUACCACCGGCCUAUGGACCACCAGCUCAUCUACCGUAUCAUCCUCAUGUCUACCCUCCCAACCCUCCACCACCAGUUCCACCUCCACCCCCUGCUUCUUUCCCCCCACCCAAUAUUCCACCUCCUACUCCUGGAUAUCCUCCUCCGCCUACAUACAACCCUAAUUUCCCACCUCCAAGACUGCCUCCAACUCAUGCAGUGCCACCUCAUCCACCUCCAGGGCUGGGAAUGCCACCAGCUAGUUACCCCCCUCCUACUGUUCCCCCAGGUGGACAGCCACCUGUACCACCUCCAAUUCCACCACCUGGUAUGCCACCUGUAGCAGGACUUGGACGUGCUACAUGGAUGAGAUAGCAUGAGGUAAUUUGCACGAAUAUACCUUUAUGUUGAUUAGGCAGGAGUAGAUAGCCAAAACCUACAUUGUAAAGAUGAAGAGGAGGGUAAUCUGUAUAAUUUAGAUGAAGAAAUGAGAUUAAAUGAAAAUUUAGCUGAUCUGUUUGCAGUAUGGUUUAUGGUGAGUUAUUUAGGCUUCUAGAUUUUAAUCAGCUUUGCAGUAUCUAUUCUAACUUUAUACAUUUGACUUAAGUUUAAAUUGUCUUGACUUAUUCCAGCACUGGAUUACUUUGUACUAGCAAAACCAGCCAUAUUGGCUCAAUUAUAUCAGUAAGAAGAAAAUUUCCUUCUAGAAAUCAGUGCCUAUUUUUAAGUAUCAAAAUAGCCAGAUACUAUGAUAUUUGAUCUAUAAUAAGAAACUUCAUUUUUAAUAGUAAGUAAAACAACAUGAUGUCAAGCAUAAAAGCUGCUUUAUUUAAGAGAGAUUCUGAAUGCUAGCUGACUGGAAUAAUUUUGAGGUGUUUGCCUUGCUGAUAGUUUUGGUUUGGAAUGUACUGGUAUCUUAAAAUAUUGUAUGUUUACACCUAUUUGCAAAUUCCUGUACAUAAUAUAUAUAUUUUCUAAGUGUGAAAGUCUGAAUGUAACAGCCUACUGUGAUGUACAUCAUAGUUAUAAAUGGGACUACUUUGUUCACUCUACCCAAAUAAAAUUGGUUCUGAAUU